ACAGGAACAGCAUCAACUGGAAAAGCAUUAUUUAUGCUUUUGAAAGCCUUUGUUGGUACAGGCGUAAUCUUUUUACCCGGAUCAUUCGUAUCUGGCGGGCUUGUGUUUUCUAUCAUUCUAUUGAUAUUUAUUGCUGCAAUAUGUCUUGUUGCUUUUCAAAUAUUGAUUAUUGCACAGCAAAAGACCGGAGGCUCUUACGGUGAUGUAGCAGAAGUCCUGUACGGUCCAUGGCUUCGAUACAUUGUAUUCUUUUUCCUCUGUUUGUCACAGAUGGGCUUUGUUGCCUCGUAUUUGAUAUUUAUUUCUCAGAACCUUGGCUUUGUGGCCAAUAGUCUGUCGCAUUGUACUUCUACGGUUGACAGCAAGUAUUACAUCUGGGUGGCAAUUGCAUUUAUUGUUCCUAUCACUUGGGUACGAAAGAUGGAACGUCUCUCGUGGGCAGCCAUCAUUGCCGACGUUUUUAUCCUUUUCGGGUUGAUUUGCGUGAUUUACUUUUGUGCAGAUCAGAUCGCCCGCAAUGGCUCUGGUCCAAAUAUCCUCACAAUAAACUCAAAGGAUUUUGGGCUUAUGAUCGGUACUGCUGUAUUUUCCUUUGAAGGAAUUGGAAUGGUGGUUCCUAUAAUUGAAAGCAUGCGCGAGCCAAAGAAAUUUUCUAUGGUUUUAAAUAUCGGUAUAGCAAUUGUCACUUGUGUAUUUGUUCUGAUUGGAACACUUGGCUAUGUUGCUUAUGGAGAGCACACUCAAGCAAAUGUGACUUCAAAUCUACCGGCCGGUCCGCUCUCCAUCACUGUCCAGUUUCUCUACGCAUGUGCCAUUGUUCUAACUUCUCCUUUUAUGCUCUACCCUGCCAUAAACAUAAUCGAAUACUGCGUUUUUGGGGACGGGCACAGUCGAAGCAAAAGCCUGAAAUUGAAAUGGGAAAAAAACUUUGUUCGAUCUCUGGUGGCUAUUGUCUGUGCAGCUGUCAGUUUUGGAGUUGGGUCUGAAGGGUUGAACAAAUUUGUUUCUCUUGUUGGCUCACUCGCUUGUAUGCCCCUGUGCUUCAUUAUUCCUGGAAUGUUUCACUAUAAAGUUACUGAUGACUACAGAAAGAAGAUUGGCGAUGUUAUCCUUGCCGUGUGGGGUUUUGGUAUCCUGAUAUAUACUCUUUAUGUAAAUAUUAAUUCAUGGAUU